AUGUCUGCAGGCAAAGCCUUCGACAUCACCUACGUGCGCCUGAAGUUCCACACCAGCCGCCCGGAGAGCUUCGCCAUCUACAAGCGCAGCCGCGAGGGGGGCCCCUGGGUGCCCUACCAGUACUACAGCGGCUCCUGCGAGAAGACCUACCGGAAGAACAGCCGCGGCUUCAUCCGCACCGGAGAGGACGAGCAGCAGGCGCUCUGCACCGACGACUUCAGCGACAUCUCGCCGCUCACCGGAGGGAACGUGGCCUUCUCCACGCUGGAGGGGAGGCCCAGCGCCUACAACUUCGACAACAGCCCCGUCCUGCAGGACUGGGUGACGGCCACCGACAUCAGAGUGACCCUGAACAGGCUCAACACGUUCGGAGACGAGGUUUUCAACGACCCCAAGGUCCUCAAGUCCUACUACUACGCCAUCUCGGACUUCGCUGUGGGAGGAAGGUGUAAGUGUAACGGCCACGCCAGCGAGUGUGUGAAGAACGGCGGAGGGCGCCUGGUGUGUAACUGCAAACACGACACGGACGGAGACGACUGCGGCGUCUGCAAACCGUUCUACAACGACCGGCCGUGGAGGAGAGCCACCGCCGACAACGCCAACGAGUGUCUGCCGUGCGACUGUAACGGGAAAAGCGGCGAGUGUUUCUUCGACGGCGAGCUGUACCGCGCCACGGGCCACGGCGGCCACUGCAGGAACUGCGCCGACAACACGGACGGGCCCAACUGUGAGCGUUGCCUCGACAACUACUACAGGGAGGGGGGCAGCAGCCGCUGCCUGGCCUGCAGCUGCAACACAGUCGGCUCCGAGUCUCCCCAGUGUGACAGCAGAGGAGCGUGUGCGUGUAAACCCGGCGUGGGCGGAGAGAAGUGCGACCGCUGCCAGCCAGGAUUCCACAGCCUGACCGAGGCCGGCUGCAGACCGUGUUCGUGCUCGCCGUCUGGCAGCACUCAGGAGUGUGACGUCAACACGGGACAGUGUCGCUGCAAAGACCACGUGGAGGGUUUCAGCUGUGACAGGUGUAAGCUGGGCUACUUCAACCUGGAGCCCAGCAACCCCCAGGGCUGCACCGCCUGCUUCUGCUUCCAGCACUCGUCUGUGUGCGACAGCGCCGAGGGCUUCAGCGUGCACGCCAUCAGCUCGGCCUUCCACACAGAUGCCGAGCAGUGGACCGGUCAGCAGCGGGAUGGAUCCAGUGUCCCCGUCCAGUGGUCUCCCAGCGGACAGGAGAUCUCCCUCAUCUCGGACGACUACUUCCCCAUGUACUUCGUAGCCCCAGAGAAGUUCCUGGGGAACCAGCUGCUGAGUUACGGGCAGAACCUGAGCCUGAGUUUCCGCGUGGACCGUCGGGACACUCGGCUGUCGGCGGAGGACCUGGUGCUGGAGGGGUCCGGCCUGAGGGUGGCCGUCCCUCUCAUCGCCCAGGGCAACGCCUACCCCAACGAGAACAUGCAGACAUACGUGUUCAGGCUCCACGACAGCACCGACUACCCCUGGAGGCCGACCAUCAGCCACGCUGACUUCCAGAAACUUCUCCACAACCUGACAGCAGUCAAGAUCCGAGGCACCUACAGCGAGAAGAGUGCCGGUUACCUCGACAACGUCUCCUUGGUGACGGCGAGGCGAGGUCCGGGUGCUCCGGCGCGCUGGGUGGAGCGCUGCACCUGUCCUCAGGGUUACCAGGGGCAACACUGCGAGCAGUGCAUGCUGGGAUACCGCCGCGCCCGUCAGGAGCUCGGAGCCUUCAGCGCCUGUGAGCCGUGCAACUGUAACGGACACAGCGAAGCCUGCAACCCAGACUCAGGUGCGUGCGACUGUCGGGACAACACGGCCGGUCUGAGCUGCGAGCGCUGUAAAGACGGUUUCUAUGGCGACGCCACCCACGGGUCGUCAGGUGACUGUCAGCCCUGUCCCUGUCCAACCGGAGCGACCUGCGCCGUCGUCCCCAAAACCAGAGAGGUGGUCUGCACCAACUGUCCCGCAGGGACCACAGGUAAGCGCUGCGAGCUGUGUGACGAUGGUUUCUUCGGUGACCCUCUGGGUCAGAGCGGUCCGGUCCGAGCCUGCCGCGCCUGCAAGUGCAGCGACAACAUUGACCCCAACGCCGUCGGCAACUGUAACCGGGAGACGGGCGAGUGCCUCAAGUGCAUCCACAACACGGACGGCUUCUUCUGCGACCGCUGCAUGGAGGGUUUCUACGGCAACGCCCUGGCCGCCAACGUCGCCGACAAGUGCAAAUCGUGCUCGUGCUCGCCGCUCGGCACCGUGGGUCGGCAGACCGGCUGUUCCCAGGUCACCGGCCAGUGUCCCUGUCUCCCCAACGUGGCGGAGCGAGACUGCAGCGCCUGCCAGCCCGGCUUCUUCAACCUGCAGAGCGCCGCCGGCUGCGAACGCUGCAACUGCAACCCGAUUGGCUCUACCAACGGUCAGUGUGACAUCAGCUCCGGUCAGUGCGAGUGCCAGCCCGGCGUCACCGGCCUGCACUGCCAACGCUGCGAGGCCAACUUCUUCGGCUUCGGCUCGUCCGGAUGCAAACCGUGCGACUGUGACCCCGAGGGCUCCGUGUCCGGCCAGUGUAAAGAGGACGGCCGCUGCGAGUGUCGUCCCGGCUUCGUCGGCGCUCGCUGCGACAUGUGCGAGGAGAAUUACUUCUACAACCGCUCGGCUCCGGGCUGCCAGCAGUGCCCGUCCUGCUACAGUCUGGUCAGAGACAAGGUGAACCAGCAGAGGCAGAAGCUCCACGAGCUGCAGACUCUGAUAGAUAACCUGGGCUCGGGCCAGGACACGGUCAGCGAUAAAGCCUUCGAGGACCGGCUGAAGGAGGCCGAGAGAGCCAUCAUGGAGCUGCUGGAGGAGGCGCAGACCAGCAAAGACGUGGACCGCGGCCUACUGGAUCGCCUGAACGCCAUCAACAGCACUCUGACCACUCAGUGGAACCGUCUGCAGAACAUCCGCAGCACGGUGGACGACACGGGCACGCAGGCCGACCGCGCUCGCCACCGCGUCCGCGACGCCGAGGGCCUGAUCGACCGCGCACGCCAGGAGCUGGACAAGGCCAAGGACGCCAUCGGCAAAGUGGAUAUCAAGCCUCCCAGCGGCACCGGAGACCCAAACAACAUGACGCUGCUGGCUGAGGAGGCUCGCACGCUGGCCGAUAAGCACAAGAUGGACGCCGACCAGAUCGAGACGAUCGCCAGAGACGCCAACGACACGUCCACCAAAGCGUACAACCUGCUGCUGAAGACUCUGGACGGAGAGGGCAAGACAAGCCAGGACAUCGACGAGCUCAACAAGAAGUACAACGAGGCGAAGGAGCUGGCCAAGAAUCUGGAGAAACAGGCCAACAAGGUUCAGGCGGAGGCGGAAGAUGCCGGAAACCAAGCUCUGAAGAUCUUGGCCAACCUGACCAGCGUGCCGACGUUCAACACCAAAGCUCUGGAGGAUGAAGCCAGUAAGAUCAAGAAGGAGGCGUCUGACCUCGACACGCUCAUCGACAAAACGGAGAAGGCGUACAACGAGCUGAGAGACGACCUGAAGGGCAAAGAGCAGGAAGUGCGCAAACUGCUGGAGAAAGGCAGGAGUGAGCAGCAGACUGCGGAUCAGCUGUUGGCUCGAGUCGACGCCGCCAAAGCUCUGGCUGAGGAGGCGGCCAAGAAGGGCCAGUCCACGUUUAAGGAGGCAGAGAACAUCCUGGAAGAUCUGAGAGACUUUGACAAGAGAGUCAACGACAACAAGACGGCGGCCGAGGACGCCCUGAAGAAGAUCCCCGCCAUCAACGCCACCAUCGCCGCCGCCAACCAGAAGACCAAGCAGGCCGAGGCGGCGCUCGGCAACGCCGCCGCCGACGCCCGGGAGGCCAAGAACAAGGCCGAGGAGGCGGAGAAGAUCGCCAGCAACGUGCAGAAGGGCUCGGCCAAGACGAAGGAGGACGCAGAGAAAGCCUUCCAGGAAACUAACACGCUGGACAACGAGGUGGACGAUAUGUUGGAUCAGCUGGAUGGCGCAGAGGAGCAGCUGGCUCGCAAGAAGGCCGAGGCCGACCGCGACAUGAUGAUGGCAGUAAUGGCGUCGGACAACGCGAAGGAGGCCGAGGAUAACGCCCGCAAGGCCAAGAGCGCCGUGAAGACGGUGCUGGGCACCAUCACUGCCCUGCUGGAGCAGCUGGGAAACAUCGACAAGGUGGACCUGAGCAAGCUGAACCAGAUCGACGAGUCCCUGAAGAGGGCGCGGGGCCAGAUGGGCGACAGCAAGCUGGACAUGAAGCUGACGGAGCUGAACGACGUGGCGCGCACCCAGGAGGACAUGAUCAACCACUACGACCGGCAGAUCCGCGAGAUCCGCGCCGAUAUCGACAAUCUCAACGACAUCAAGAACACGUUACCCAACGGCUGCUUCAACACUCCGUCUCUGGAGCGGCCAUAACCACGCUUUCACCUUCCUCCUCUUCCUCUUCCUCCUCCAUCACUCCCUUCUUCACAUCUAACACUCUGGCACACAUGCCGACUCUUUACCAAAACAGUUCUUUUGUUCUCAGAUUUCUUGUCUUU